GCGACCGAACGUGGCCCGGCCAAAGAUGAAAAAGAGUUUAAUGUUCCUUGGUGUAUGUACUAUGUAAUCAUAAUCACUAAUCACUACGUUGGCUCGGCCUUGUCGGUGUGAUAUGUUUUUUCCAUCUUCGUAAACUAAAUUUUUUAAGUAAAAAUGUCCGACGCAAUUGUGCCCAAGGGUCAACCUGCUCCCGGAGAACCCGAAAAAAAGGGGUGGUUGUUCAAGUGGACGAAUUAUCUUAAAGGAUAUCAGCGAAGAUGGUUCGUGUUGUCAAAUGGAUUAUUAUCAUAUUACAGGAACCAAGCAGAGAUGUCUCAUACGUGUCGUGGCACUAUAUCACUGCUCGGUGCUUUGAUUCACACAGCAGACUCUUGCACAUUUGUCAUCAGCAAUGGUGGCACACAGACUUUCCACAUCCGCGCCCAUGAUGAGGUGGAGCGACAGAGCUGGGUCACAGCACUCGAACUAGCAAAGGCCAAAGCCAUUCGGGCGCAGGAGUCAGAUGAUGAUGAAGACCAGAUGUCCACAGGACCCACAAAUGUGGGAGGGACAGAUGGUGAGACAGAAGAUGCAGGUGGGAUAGCCCGAGAGUUGGCAGCUCGGUUUCACGACUUGCGAACUUGCUCCGAGCUGGUCGCGCGACAUGGGGCAGCACUGCAGCGCUCUCUUGUGGACUUAGAGAUACCUCCCACCGAUACUACAAAACAAGUCUCUGAACGUGCUACUCUCUUUAGGAUAUCUUGUAAUGCAAUGAUGAAUGCUUGCUCAGAGUUUAUGAGCGCAGCGGCAGCUUCCAGUGCGCGUAUGAGCCGGGCCUUGCAGCACGAACGCGAACAGAAGAUGCGGCUACAAGAGGUGGUGGAACAACUGGCGCGGCAACACGACAAUCUGGAGAAAACCGUCACCGCUAGAAGCACGCCGCACUCAGGCGGGAAUGGUUCGGGGCAAGGAAACGAAACAGAGGAUGAGGAACAUGAGUUCUUUGACGCCAUGGAAGAAGGAGUCUCCUCUGCUAUGGAGGACAAGACUUCAUUCGUAAUUAAAGUGCCUGUAAAUAGAAAAAAUAAAGUGAAAAGCGGCGAAAGUUCAGAUGAGUCAGAAGGUGAAACUGUGACUGAAACUCAACAGGUGAUAUUCGUGGAAGAUAAGGAAAGGGCAGAAAGCGCGAUGGGCGGAGCCGAGACAGCCACGGCUAGCAAGCUAACUGACAACAAAGAGAAACAGGAAAUUAUGAUAUGGCCUCACGCGUCGGAAGCCACGAGUAUGGUGGACGGGCACCCGCGGCGGACGCGUGUCCCCGACAAGCCCAACUACCCGCUCUCACUCUGGUCCAUUAUGAAGAACUGCAUUGGUAAAGAGUUGUCGAAGAUCCCGAUCCCGGUGAACUUCAGCGAGCCGCUGUCCAUGCUGCAGCGGCUCACGGAGGACUACGAGUACUCCGCCAUCCUCGACCAGGCGGCGCAGUUCUCCGACCCCGCGCAGCAGCUGGCCUACGUGGCCGCCUUCACCGUCUCCUCCUACGCCACAACGGCCUGCAGAACAACGAAACCAUUCAAUCCACUGCUGGGCGAGACAUACGAGUGUGACCGCAUGGCUGACCUCGGCUGGCGAGCCAUCUCUGAACAGGUGUCGCACCACCCGCCGAUGGUGGCGCAGUUCUGCGAGGGCGCGGCGGGCUGGCAGUGCUGGCAGGAGUUCACCAUGACCACCAAGUUCCGCGGCAAGUACCUGCAGGUCAUCCCGCUGGGCGGCGCCUUCGCGGCCUUCCCCUCCUCCGGCAACAAGUACACCUGGAGGAAGGUGACGACGACAGUGCAUAACAUCAUCGUGGGCAAGCUGUGGGUGGACAACCACGGCGACAUGGACAUAACGGGCGAGGCGGGCCCGGCCGCCGGCUACGUGGCGCACCUCAAGUACCUGCCCUACGGCUACUUCAGCAAGGACACGCAGCGCAAGGUCACCGGCGUCAUCAAGGACCCGCAGGGCGUGCCGCGGUACGUGCUGCAGGGGCACUGGGACAGCCGCGUGGAGGUGGCGGCCGUGACGUCCGCGUCGCCCGACAACACCGUGUGCAAGACCGGCAAGUUCGUGCUCGCCUGGCAGCGCGUGCCCGCGCCGCCCGACUCCGACAAGUGGUACAAUUUCACGCUGCUGGCGGCGCAGCUCAACGAGCCGGAGCCGGGCGUGGCGCCCACGGACUCGCGGCUGCGGCCUGACCAGCGCCUCAUGGAGGAGGGGCUGUGGGACGAGGCCAACGCCGAGAAGCUGCGCCUUGAGGAGAAGCAGCGCGCCGCACGCCGCGGCCUCGAGGCGGCGGCCGAAGACGCGGCGGCGCGCGGCGUGGCGCCGCCCGCGCCCCCCGCGCCGCUGUGGUUCACGCGCCAGGCGGCGCCCGGCCAGCCGCACCUGCGGCACCUCUACAGCCACCGCUACUGGGACGCCAAGCGCGACCAGGACUGGGCCGCCUGCCCCGACAUCUUCUAGCGCCGUGCGGACGAGUGCCCACGCGGUGUGGAAGUUUCUGAUACAAAACGACUUUAUAUUAUGUAGGUAUGCAGUGCAAUAAAACAGUUUUGUUUAUGAUUCAAAUCGAAGCCGAUAUAUAGCUAUGGACAGCUACUGUGAUUUUACAUGACUAUUUAUAUAAUAAUAACUACACAAGUCUUGUGCUGAAAUAUUUUCCUAUUUGUCAACUGUUGAGUUUACGUCGACUAUGUAUUAUAUUAAACGAACUUACCGUUCCGCUCACUAAGCACUGAAGCUAAAUCGAUAAAAUAUAUGAGUCACCAUUGCCCUUCGCUAAGUUUUAGAUGCGUAACCGCCGCGCGAUUCCUCGCGGCGUCGAUCUAAAACAUCAAUUUUAGCUUAUUCCUAAGAAGCGAAGGAAGGAACCUUAUUCAGUUUUAUUUUUUUGAAGUGUUAAAUCAAAAGUCGAAAAUGGUUGAACUUGAGUGACGGUGUGUGUGAGUUAAGUUAUUAUUGAGUCUCAUAAACUUGUACAUACUAAUCGUUAACACUAUGCGAAAUAAUGUAUGUUUUUAUUCACUUUGAAUUAUUUUAACGCUCAUUCCAUUUACUUUGUAUAUUCUAUCAUCUGGUUUCUGUAUAUUUUCUGCUGAAUAUGUAGAGGUUGUAUUUAAUAUAUAUUUAAAUGUGUUGAAAUAUGCGGAGAGCAUAAGGAAAUUUGAUUUUGGUUAUAAGACAACACAAUCCUACGGAAUCGAUGGCGCCAAAUCGCGGCACCAUUUUUUAUCAGCUUUAACAUAGCGUUCUUUACUUUGACAAUAGAAUUGAAUCAAGUUGAAUUGCUUUGCCAAAGUAAAUAAGUCUGAUAUUGAGAACGCUGCUCUACUUCUACUCUGUGAAUGUGCGUUGCGCUUAAGUUUUACACGGUAAAACUCGAGUCACAUAAUUUAGACAAAUUGUAAAACGCAAUGUAUAUAGUAUUUUUGACAAUGACGAACGAUGAGACAAAACCCCUUUU